UGUGAUUAACUUUAAUUUAUUAAUUAAUAAAAAAUAGGAGUUGAAAACUUUAAAUUCAAAAUUUGUACAUAAAAACUACAAAAAUAGCAGAUAAAAAGGAUGAGUUUUGGAGGAAAUAAUUUGACAGGAUAAUAAAAUUAGUUUGAGUAUUCUGGUUAAUAAAGCUUCAGAUAAUAUAACCCACAAGCAGAUAUGAACUCAUUUGGAUAAUAUAAUAAUUCACAAUAAUAUUAAAGUUCAAGAAGUUAAGAUGAUAUUGAUGUUUAUCUUAAAGAGGCUUUGAAAAAGGAAAUAUCCCUCAGAUUUAUGUUAGGAAUAUAUAAAUUACAUGCAAUUCAAAUCAAAUAAGAUACUCAUAGUAAUGAGAAGAACUAUGCAUUUGAAAGAAUAAAAAAUAUUCAGCUUCGUUAGUAAAUUACAGAUUUAGAAAGUCAAAAUAAGCAAUAAGCUGAUAAUAGUAAAUAAAAGAUGCUUUUACUCAUUAACUCUCAGUAAACAAGUAAUUAUAAACCAGAAAACAAUUAAGAUAGAGAGAGAUAGCUCGAUCAAAGAGAGGCUUAUCUUGUAGAAAAAAUGAAAUCUUUAAAAUUUGAAGAGAAAAAAGUGAGAGAUAACUAAACAUAGUCAUUAUUAAAAGGGGAAGAAAUUAAAAGAGCUUUUGAUCAAAUAAAUCAGAGUAAAGGAUAAUAAACAGACUAAUAUGAUGAACGUUUCGAAGAUUUAAUAAGAAGAGAAAAUAAUCUGAAAUUUCUUGAGGAGCAGCUAAAUAAUAAAAUUAAUCAAUAUGAAGAAAUGAUUCAGGAUAUAAAAAAUUAGGAAUAAGAACUCGAUUUUCGUAUCAAAGAAUUAAAGUUUGAGCCUUUAAACUUAUUGGGAUCAAAAGAGCAGCUUAGAUAAAGACUAGCAAAUAUGAAAAAAGAAAUUUAUGAAAAUUUUAUUCACUAUGCAGAGAAUCUUCCAAACUAAGAAUCAUAAUUCAAGAAUGAUAACAAUCAAUUUUAUGUGCUCUUUUAGAAUUGGGAAGAGAAUCCACAAUUUUUGAAAAGAAAGAGUGAGAUUCUUAAAAACUUAGAGGUAUAGUUGCUGGAAGAGAGAUUCAAAAUGGAAAUUGUGGAAAACUAUUUAAAAAAAGAAUAUGAAAUAAUGAAGAAAUAAAAAGAAGACUACGUUUAAUUACAAUAAAAGCAACUGAUGAUUUAGCAGUAUGAAUAAAAUUUAAAGCAAGAAGGUGAGUUAUUAGAGUAAAAGCAAAAAAAUUUAGAGAAAAAGUAAAUAAAAUUUGAGAAAGAAGUGAGUAUUCAUUAAUAAUAUUCAAAUUUAACUUAAAAUAAUGAACCUGCUACAAGUAUUAGUCAAAUCAGCUAGCAUGUUUAAUUUUUGUAAUAAAAUGAUCCAAACAAAUCAAAUAAAUACAAUUAAUUAUUGAAAGAUAUUGCAGAGUAUAAUCGCAUAGCUGAUAAUAAGUAGGAGAUAACAUUCAGGAACAGAAAUUCAUACAAUAAUAACGAUGACCAUGGAACUGUAAAAAGUCUUGAAGAGGAAAAUAAUUUUUUGAGAGAUGAGUUGUCAGAUCUUAAAAGGAGAAUUGUUGAUUAUGAAUAAAAUGAAAAUAAUUAAAAUUAUGCAAAUAACGGCUAUGAAGAUUACAACGAUUAAUCUAAUAUAGAUAUAUAACAACUAAUCAAAGAAUCUAAGGAAAAGAAGUCUAUUAUAAAGUUUUUAGAACUAUGGUUAAAGAUGAGCUCCAAAAAGAGCAAAGGUUAAAAUUAACUCCUGAAAACAUUCUUUUUGUAUCUUUGGAAAUUGAAAUGCUAUAAUUCAGCUCACUUCUAAAAGAUAGACUAAAUAGAAUAUGAUCCCCAAGCUUAAUCUUUUUUGGAUUACAAAUGGGAAUAAAAGGCUUCAUAACUACAAAGACAAAAUAGAUUCCCAAUAAAAAAACUUAGUAAAAAGCGUAAAGAAUAUGAAAUGGCUCUCAUGGAUUAUGAAAGGAAAAAAUUUUACUAAAAUCGCUUAUCAGUUUUGCUCAAUUCAAUACUCCUAAGAUAAAGAAGAGCUGAAAAAUUGCAGGUAGUUGUUGCAUUUCAUCGUUUUGCAAGAAAUUGUUUUAGAUUAUCAGCAAACAUACCUCGUCAAGACAUUUAAGGGAUGGUUUAACAACAAUAAUAAUAAAGUAGAAGUUAAUCUUAGAUUUUAGACGCAGGAGUUAAUAUAGAAAAUAUAGGUAAAGGAGCUUUUAAUGAUGCUUUGAAAUGGGAAAAACCAUCAAUAAAAAGAGAUAAAAGUCCAAUUUCAUCUUAAAGCUCUAAAAAUAAAGCAGCUAGUAUGAAAAGUUUAAAUCCUAAAUAAAUCGAAGAGAAAUUAGUAAAGGAGAUGUAAGGUAUGCUAUAAAAGAAAAUAAGAAAGUAAUAAGCCAUAUGUCUAAUUUAUUCUCUGACUAUGAAAAAAGAGAUAAAAUAAAUGCAUGCUGUAAGUCGAGCUUUUGCUACAUGGCGUCAUACUAAUAUAGAAGCUGAAAAAUAACUCAUAACUAGAGAAUUAAAUUAUGUUAAUUACUAAAUAUAAGAAAGAGUAUUCUAAGAUAAUUUGUUUAAAACAAAAGUUAAACUCCAAAAAACUGAGUUAGACUCGAAGCUUUCACUACUAAAUGAAUUACUUUCUUCCAUACAUCAAUCUGUAAAUAAUAACAACUGA